AUGUCUGUUGCACAAAAGCAGGACGCGGCGCCUAGCCUGUCCACCGCCGCUACCACCACUACCAGCAAGAAGUCGGCCAUCCUUCUCCCCUCGGUCGCGCUCAUGCUCGCCCUCUCUUGCCUCUUCUCUCCCGCCACUGUUCAAGCGGGACCCGUUGACGACGCUGCAGCAGCUAAGCACUCUGGCUCGUCCCCCUCGUUCUCGUUGCCACCUUUGAACUGGCUCCGAACUCACCUCGGUACAAAGUCGCCCUAUCCCCAUGAGACCAGACCUGUUGGACACCUGAAGGAUACCCCUAAGGGUUACGAGUUGGUUCAGCUGCAACUGGUCUGUCGCCAUGGUACAAGGUACCCUAGUGCUGACAAGUCUGUCGGGUUCCAGAAGAUGACCGAUAGACUCAAGGGUAUCAAGUUGCCUGGAUUCGAAUGGAUUAAGGACUGGCCAAGUGAGACGUUGUACCCCCCUGCAAGAGGUAACCUCCUGUCCGUCCAGGGAGAUGCUGAUCUGUACCAAAUUGGUCGUCGCUUUGCCAUCCGUUACAAGACCCUCUUGGACAAGUACCCCUACGACGCCGACUCGUACGUGUUCUACUCAUCGCCAAAGUCCAGAUCUAAACAGUCGGGGUAUGGUUUCUCGGUCGGAUUCUUUGAGGGUCGUCUCGCGGAAGAUUCUGGAUCUGCGGUUGAGAAGGGCGUCAUUGGAAAGAGGCCUCCCGUCCAGCCUGUUGAGAUCUCCAUGCUGCCCAUCGGAUUGGAUAAGGAAAUGGCGAUGAAGUACGCGUGCCCUCGCUGGCUCGAGAGCGUCGAUGGUCAAUCAGCUGUUGAGCGCAACAACAAGGAGUACGAGGCCACGUUCAAACCAGAACUGGCACAACGUCUCUCCGCAGUUUUGUCCGCUGGAGCCAAGACCCCCGCGGCCCAGUUUAACCUCACGGUCAAGGAUGUCGGUGUUAUCCAGAACAUGUGUGGAUUCGAGGUUUCCAUGCACAACACUGAGAAGACUUGGUGUCGGUUCCUUGGUCUUGGACUCUCUUCAUCGAAGGAUGGCAAGUCUAAGAAGGAUGGCAAGGAUGACUUGGAUGGUGAGGCGAAGGAUCUGUUCCUGAAGCUUGAGAUCGCGGAUGACUUGGAUGACUAUUAUACCUAUGGACCUGGAGUGCCUUUCAACAGACAUCUUGGAUGCAAGUUGGGUACUUCGUUGGUGCAGUCUGUUGAGUUGGCUCUGACAGAGGACAAGACCGGCGCCCCUGUUGCUAGCGGUGAUGAUGAUGAGGAUGUACGUGGAGUUUCUCGCGCUGUCCUCAAGUUUGGUCAUUCUGAGACCAUCAUGCUCUUCUCCUCCAUGUUGGGCUUGUAUAACAAGAAGGGAGUUCCAUUGACGGCCAACAUGACAUCUGAGCAGUACGAAAACCGCGAAUUCCGCGCCAGCAACUUCGCCCCCUUCUCCUCCAACAUGGCCUUCGAGAUCUACCGCCCCAUUGCCCCCAAGGCCCCCAAGCUGCGCCGCCGCCAGGAUGCCCCUGCUGCCGCCCCUGAAGGUUUGAUCCGCCUGUUGGUCAACGAGGUACCCAUGACCCUCCCCGGCUGUGGAUCGAACUACUUCUGUGAAUGGUCGACCUUCAAGAAGAUUCUUCAGCUUACCAGUUCCGGAUGUGACUUUGAUGGUUGCUGUGCUUCAUCGGGAAAGCCUGCCGCUUCUGCUUCUGCGCUUGAAGGUGGUGAGGUCAAGGCGGCGUUCUUGAAGGCUUUUGAGAAGAGGGCUGACUCUGUUUGUCUGUCUAUUCAGCCUGUCGCCUAA